AAUAACUGUCGAACUAGUCUUAGAAAGUCUUGAUUAUACACUUCGACAGAAAGGAGGAUGAGUAUCGAGAUAGAAAUAUAAAGCAAAGUGUAUAUACGAAUAGAACUUAUUACAAAAGACGACAUCAAACUCUUAUUAUGGAUAUUCAAAAAAUUAACAUUUUUAAUGUUCGAUUGAAUAAGAUCUCAGGGAAUCUCUUACCAAUAACUGUUGACAAUUCAUCGUUUCCCGUAUUAUGGAAAAUAUACAGCAUUUUAGUAUGGUUACUUGAAUUAAUUCAAACAAUAAUAAUAAUCCCCGGAUGCAUGUACGUGCCGAAAGAAAAAGCUUUAAAAGAUGGUUUGGUCGCUAUUGUGGUCACAAUAGAAGUGGUCUUCCUGGUCGUACAAAUUCACGCGCGCAGGAAACUAGUACAGCAAUUAUUCCAGAAAUUAAAUGACAUUUUACGCAUAGAAGACGAAAUAAUGAAAAAUACGAUAAUAGCGACGAUGAAACCAAUGAGGAUUCCCCUUUGGUUUUACUGGAUGGCCGGCUUGGGAUCUAUAAUUAUAUGGAGUGGCGUACCAUUUAUGUUAGUCUUUCAAAGACGCACCUUUUUCUAUGUGGAUUUUAGAAUGCCGAUUGCUUUCACAAAGGAACCAUUCUCAAGCGGUAUUUUUGUGUUGGGAAGUCUUAUCAUUAUGUUCAGCAGCAUGUAUAUUUUUACAAAGAAAGUUAGUGUGGAUAGCUACAUGAUAAAUCUGAUAUUAUUAUUAACGGCACAAUAUAAAUAUAUUGCUAUAAAACUUUCGAUGAUAUUUCACGAUGGAGCUCUGCAAAUUAAUGAUAAUGAUAAUUCUAAUAAAAAAAAGCUUUAUUUUGAAACAAAUUUUAAUACAGAUGAAAAGAUGAAAUCUUUAUGUCAGCAUUAUACCGCAGUUUUUCGCAUAACGUUAAUGUUGAGACAACUGCUAUCUUUGAAUUUUAGUUUAAUAUAUAUUAUUAGCGUUCUUCGGUUUUGCGGUAUCGCUAUCAUGGUAAUUUCAAUACCAUCAACGAAUUUAUUGGAAGGAUCCCUGAUCGCUAUGUAUGCAUCUGGAGGAGUAGUACAGCUCUUUAUAAUAUGUUCUUGUGUACAACAGCUAUUAGAUGCGAGUAUUGAAAUAACGGAUCAAGCAUUUCAUCAGGAGUGGUAUCAAUUGACACCUUCCGUAAAACAGAUAUUCUUAUUUAUGAUAUCAACUAAUAAUUUAGAGCUUAAACUUUCAACAUUUGAAAAAUAUAAUCUGUCUCUGCCCUCAUUCAUGGUGAUUUUAAAUCAGUCAUACUCUAUUGCACUUCUGUUAUUAAAAACCAGUUAAAAAAUGAUGAGAGUAUUAUGCAGUAUUUUACAUAUAUUUUAUAGUAUAUUCCAGAUUAAUAUGAAAUUCUUCUAGUAAAUAGAAUGAAUCAGACAGCAGUA